AUGGAGAACAAUGACCCCCAUCGAGCGGCCAGUGAUGAAUCCAACCUCGAUCAACAUUAUUUCUCUUACGAAAUCUCCAAGGGAGAUCGAGACUGGCGCUCUUCUCAGGUCGAUAGUGUCUUGUCGUCUUUCGAGGAAGCCAAGAAGGUCAUGUCAGCACAAGCCAUCCAGGAGAUCCAUAAGUAUCUCAUAUCAGGCAGAUGGAUCCACGAUGCCCCCUCUGCGAGCAGACACCCUGCGUAUAAACAUAUAAAAGGACAGUCAAGUGGCCCUAAUAGAGGGGUACCUCGACUCUACUAUCCUUAUUUCUUUGUCUUACAUGCAAUCUUUCCGCCAUCUGAGUCUCUCAGAAUUGUCUGUGAGGAAGUCGGUCGUCACUGGGGUCUUCAAGUUGACCUCUAUAAACCUUUUUACCCCCGUCUGCAAGACACCGAGAGAGAGAUGGAACUAAUCAUGGGGAAGAAUCCACAUCCUCGGGGACAAGUCGAGCGCCCUUCACAGAGCCAGUAUUCCUCCGCAGCUUUCACUCUAACUCAUGACGGCAACUCGGAGAUGGAAGAUCAAAAGGACAGUAUUCAAGUGGCUGUCGACACCGCUCGUACCUUUCAGCCAGUACCUACCAGUACCCACGAUACUCUACGUGACUACGAUGAAGAAUUAGCCAGCAUCCGAAGCGACUUUGAGCAACGCCUUGCCAAGUUCCAAGAUUCAGAGCAACGCAUUCGGCAAGCGCAGGAGAAGGCAGAUGAAAUUCAUCGCUACGCUGUGCUGGCCCAACAGCUUUUCAAAAAAGGUCAGGGGCACGCUGACGCUGCUGUCAAGAUUGCCGAAAGCCUUCUUGGGACUCUGAACACGGCCAAGCGCCAUGUCGUUGUUAUUCCUGAUGAUGAGGGACGGCCCAGCAAGCGUCUUCGCGAGAACUAA